AUGUCUUUCAAUAAGAGUGACAAGGAAAUUAUAGAACUGAUAGAUAACUUUUUCGUGAAAUCUACAUUGCUAAUAUGCUCAUCAAAGUCCAAUGAAUUGCAUUUGCCUGAGACCGGAUAUCAUGGCCAAAAUGCACAUUUUGACGAGGAAUGGUUUUCUUCCGGAAUAGACGAGUCAUGCGAGUUGCCAGAUAUUAUGAAAAUAUGGUCACACUUCGAUGGCUUGCGAGAUCUUCCACCGCUGGUCAUAGAGACUUACCUGGAUCUAGGCAAUCUUACCCCGUCACACUGGCUCACUUUAAAAGAUGAUGAUGGCAACUCAUGGAAUGUUUGCAAAGGCACAAAGAAAAGUGAGGUAGUUCUGGAGAGAUGGCUCAUAGAACUCGAUAAAAUUUCAACUUCUUUUAAGAAUCAUAAACCGACAGAAGAUGAUCGCAAUAAUCUAUUGAGGCAGCUAGUUCUUCUUUUCCGUUACUUACACACCCUGAUUCAACUUUUACCUGCGAACGAUUUAUAUCUAUCUCUUAUCAAGAUGAACGAUCUGCAAGGUUCUGUUCCAAUUAUGAACGUAAAAACUAGAAUAUUAGAUGGCUCGCAACCAAUUUUAUCGAAAGGAAGGAUUGGGUUGAGCAAGCCAAUAAUCAGCACAUAUUCUAACGUUAUCAACGAAUCUAAUGUACCUUCACAUCUCGAGCAAAGAAAAAUAACUCCUGUAUGGACAAAAUUCGGUCUUUUGAGACUCUCGGUUUCUUACAGACGCGACAGUCAUUUUAAAUUACACAAUGGAGAUGACUAUUCAACGGAAAAUCAAAACAAACCCGAAUUAAUGCUACGAAAUUCUUCGAUCAAUAGAUCAUUAUCACUUUCCCCUCGUGCUCAUGUGGGGUCAAUAACCUCUAAUGAUCAACAAAGCUCUCAAAGGAAACCAGUUUCCAUUUCGAGGCAAUUGCAAGUCUUCAAAGUCGGAUCUGUUGGCAGCACACCCAUCGCACAAAGUCACACAUUGACACGAAAUCCCUCGAGCUCUUCCUCAAUCGUUGCAAGUCUGCAAGCUCAAAGAUCAAGUGUGAGUUCAGUUACAGGUAACACACAACCUUUCAUCGGAGCUCAGGAUGCACAUAUUGAAGAUUCCAGUGUCGGUAGCGCUUCAAAAUAUUCGUCCUCAUUUGGGAAGAUUCGCCGUCACUCAAGUACAAGAUACUCAGACCAGGGAGACAAAACUAGUAGAGCAACGAAGCAAGCAGAAAUGCCGACAGAAGAUUUGCUGGAUUUUGUUCGAUUAAUUGAUCAAAAACCAGAAUUGCAGAUCAAGAAGAACCCUGCGGGGAGUGUAGAUAUUUCAGGGUCUCUUUUGAAGUAUCAAAAUUUAAAGCCGACCAACGACUUGUUAAGUGACAACCUCUCGAUGAGCAUGUCUAUCGAGCCGACGCGUGCUUCCCAAAGACGCCGGUCAAGUUCGCAUUCUCCUAUUCCAUCAUUCUCUCCUGUGAUCAAAUAUCCGUCCAUUCCUUCCAGGUUUUCUCAAUCUCAGCUUAAUGACGGCUCUUACGUAAGUGAUAGAAAUUCCAAUGAACUCAACAAGGCUAGCGUUACCUCUUACCGCGACGAAAGUGUGCCUCACGAUAGACUGGGCAUCGGGGCUACAGGUGAGGAUUCUUUUCCUGAUAAUAAUGUUAACGACGAGCAGGAUGAAGAUGAUGACGAUCUUUUGAUGAGUGAAGCUGUUUUGAAUAACUCAAGGAUCAGACGUUAUAACUCACCAAGAUCCGUAGAAAGCGUUUCGUCCUCAAUUGCUAGAAAUAGGCUUCCUAUUCUUCAACCUUCCCACUAUUCACAACCUACAACCGUUGCUGUUCCGGCUUAUGCAAAACUUCAUAGACCGGGGAUGAAGCAAACUGGUACUCAGGAAAAUGAUUCGAAAAAGAACGACAGUGGUAUUGAUGGAGCAUCUGAAGAAAAUGAUGAUGAAGAUGAGGACCUGCUUUUUUUUAUGAGUGAUAUGAACCUUUCCAAGAUGUAG